AGUCGAGGAAGGUUGCUCCGUGAAAAAAAAUUUCUUGCUUUGAAAAGAUUCAUCUGAAUAGCGUUCGGCAUUUGUAAUUCCUUCUUUUUGUGCAGAAGAAGCAAUGAGCUUCAGGUUUAAGCCUGUCUCGCAGCCGAGCAACCCUGAAGUUAACGAGGGCGGUGAAAAGGAUAAACAAAUAAAAACUUUGGAUCUUGGAAAUGGAAGCCAAAUCCUUUACAUACCAAGGUUUUUAUCAUUUGACGACUCAUGGAAAUUCUUUGAUUACCUCAACUCUCACAUCCCUUGGACAAGACCGACCAUUCGUGUCUUUGGUCGCUCCUGUGUUCAGCCUAGAGACACGUGUUAUGUUGCAAGUCCAGGAUUGCCAGAAUUGAUUUACAGUGGCUAUAAACCGCAUGCCUACUCAUGGGAUGAUUAUCCUCCACUUAAGGACAUCUUGGAGGCUGUCCAUAAAGCACUUCCUGGGAGUAAAUUUAACAGCCUACUAUUGAAUAGGUAUAAAGGAGGCAAUGACAAUGUUGGUUGGCAUGCUGAUGAUGAGAAGCUUUAUGGUCCGACUCCAGAAGUUGCGUCUGUUUCCUUUGGAUGUGAACGAGAUUUCUUGUUGAAAAAGAGACCCAAUAAAUCAUCCCAACCCCAAGCAGAAAGAAGAUCUGAUGAUGAACCUGCUAGCAAGCGAUUAAAGAAGUGCUGCCAUGUUGAUCAGCAUUCUUUUAUGCUAAAACAUGGAUCACUAUUGGUGAUGAGAGGUUACACACAAAGAGAUUGGCUCCACUCAGUGCCUAAGCGUGCAAAAGUAGAGGCGACUAGAAUUAAUCUUACCUUUAGACACGUUCAUGGAGGGGUGCUGGGAUGAAAAUUUGGUUAUUUGUUGCCCUGGUAUUUAUCAUACCUACUUGGUUCUUGCUGAAAUUUCUGCUGAUGGGUAGUUGUAUUCUGCGACUUAGAAGAGAGAGAAUAUUCAUGAGUUGAUAUGAACAUGAGAAAUUUUGGGUUUGGUGUCUGUAAAAUGAAUUAAAAUAUACUGGCCAAUCCUUUGAUUGAGCAUCCAUUGUGGCCAUCUCAUACCCUGUAGGAAUACUUGAUGAAUAUUGAAACGUACAUGAUGAAGUUUGUUUU